UUGGAUACCCAGGUAGACAGGGCAUACCUCUCUAAGCUCUGUGCCUAUGGCAACCCCUGAUUUUGGAUUUGUAGGUAUGUUAGACGUGUCAGAAUUUGAUGAGCACUGACUAUGUAUCAUGGACGGCUUUGUUUUCGAAUCUGAAGUCAAAACCAUGCUGAACUUAUGACUCGAGUGUUAAGGACAAGCCCACGCAAAGCAAUGCUUUCCGUGAAGGAGAAGGACAAAGACCACAUGUGCAGACUUGGGGGCAUGGGCAAGGGGGAACUUAACCGAGCAAAAGCAAAAGACCUUCUGGUAUCAAGCUCUGGCUGUCAGUUACGCGGAGGUGCUUUGCCCUGGUUUCCAGAGAUGCAUAAGGAUUCGGAUGAAUCCAAGAGGUGCACCCGGAGAGAGUUCUCGCUACGCAUGGUUCAUGAGAAACUCGCAGAUUAUCAAGUAAAUGAUAGGCAGUAGGUCUCUACACGUGGCCACAUCAAAGCAUUGUAGGCCCUCUCAGUUAUUAAGGCUGUAUGCUGUGCGUAUCUCACGCCGCAUAAG